ACGGUGACUGAUGCUGCUCUACACAGGUGUGGUCGGCCUUACCACGGCUCUGAAAGUGCUGGAGAAAGGCGAACACACCGUGUCCAUUGUGGCCGAUACGUUUCCUUCUGACCCCAAGACCAUCAAGUAUACAAGCCUAUGGGCUGGUGCACACCACGUCAGCCAUGCUGAAGGCGAUCUGAAGCAGCAAAAAAUAGAUGAAGAUACUUUUAAAGUCAUGUGGGAGAUGUCUGCACCCGGAGGAGAGGCCGAAGGCUGCUUCCUCCGCCUUCCACAGACUGAUUACUUCUACGACGGCCGAAACCCUCACUUAGAAUGGAUGCCGGACUACGCGGAGCUCUCCCCCAACUCAUUCAUCCCAGACGCGAAGUUCGGGAUCAAGUUCACAACUCUAACGAUCAACACGCCCGCGUACUGUAACUACCUGCUCUCGCGCUUCCUGGCCAAGGGCGGCACGGUCGUCCGUGCAUCUGUCCAGCAUGUCCAGCAGGUCGCUGAAGGCGGCGCGCACGUCUUCACACCCAGCCGUGCAGGUAAACACCCUGUCGACGCCAUCAUUGCCUGUCCUGGUCUCGGUGCACGCACGCUCGGAGGUAUCGAGGACGUUGACGUAUUCCCUGUUCGUGGCCAAGUCGUGCUCCUCCGCGCGCCAUGGAUCAAGUUCGGGCGCACGGCAAGUCAUCUGCAACACGGUCUCUGGACUUACAUUAUUCCACGGCGAACUGGGGACGUCAUUCUCGGAGGGACGAAGGCAGAAAACGAUUGGUAUCCGGUUGCACGCCCGGAGACGACCACCGACAUUCUCAAACGCUGCCUCGCCCUCUGUCCGGAGCUCGCGCCCCCAGAGGUGCGAUCUGUCCGCACGCCUACGGUGGACGACCUACUCCCACUCGUACUUGAGGAGGGCUGUGGCUUCCGUCCUGCGCGCAAGGGUGGUGUCAGACUGGACGUUGACUGGGUCAACGUCGGCGAUAAGGAGAUCCCUAUUGUGUUCAACUACGGACAUGGUGGCGGAGGAUUCCAGUCUUCCUGGGGAACAGCUUCGGUCACACUUGACUUGCUGGAGGGAGCCUUGUCCAAAGGGAAAAUUUAACAUACCAUAGAUCCAUAUCUCUAGGAGCAUGUAAGAAAAUCUAAAGAUGUACUCUAGCUGUUCACGCGAAAUCCACGAUCAUAUCUCCGCGAACCACCACUUCCGCACUGUU